CUUCCUUGCCGAAGGACAACAGAAAUAGUCGGCAGACACACACAAUUUUCAUUUUAUUUUCGGUCUUAUUGCUUAUAGCCGUUUUCACAGAAAUCGAGCAUCUAACCAGAACCGUUAGUGUUUCAAAGAUGCAUUGGUGGCGCCAGUCCAAAUAGAUGCAGAUGCCGCUGCACCAGCAAAUGUCCAUAGCCGAAAAAUGAACAAUUUGGAGCACGUAAAGCAUUUUUAUCCAGACAACUACAAAUUGGAUCUCUCCGAGACAAUGAAGGCGGCACUAUCCAAGGGGCCCGUGGGAGGGGGCGUGGUCAAUGCUGUUGGCAGCAACAGCAGCAGCAGCAGCAACAUCUCCAGCUCCAUGGGAGCACCCGGUCACACCGAUAUGUUGCAGCAACAGCCCAACGCAGGCGUUGGCUAUGUGACCGAGAAGCUCUACAUGCUGCUGCAGCUGUAUUUGCAGAAUAAGGGCUGGAAUCCGAGUGCCGAACUCUUGCAAUGCUUCAGUGAUCUUAAGGAUAAUGCCAUGCUGCCCAGUGCAGCAUACUUGCAGGUGCUGGCCAAUCGACUUACUCUGGACUCGCAGGGACGUCUAAUACUGCGCGACAAUGGCAAGAUUGUCUUACCCUUUGAGCAUUUUGCCAAUGCGGUCAUGUUGAAGCACAUGUCGGGUCCGCAUGGACUACACUUGAGUGUGGAUGCCACGGUACGUGCUGUAAUUGAAUCGUAUACCAUUGGACGUGAUCAGUUUGGCAUGGAAAAGGAGUUCAUCAUCGAAGUGGUGCAAUCUUGCCCCAGUCCAGCCUGUCGUUACUACAAGAAUCAUAUGGGCAUCUCGCCGAUGCCCUUUAUGGAGCAGCAAUAUCCGGGUGUCAAUACGCCCGAUUUCUUGCAGCGUCUCUCGCAUCUGCCACCAAGUGCUGCAGCUGGCAGUGCUGCGGUUGGUACGGCUGCUGCCAAUGCAGCCAGUGGAGUCUCCAGCUCCAGCAACAAUGCGGCUGCUGUUGAAAUUGAUUUGUCCAAAUCGAGCGGUUCGAAGGUGCCGCAACAAUUGCAACACUUGAGUAAGCAGCAACAAAGCAGCAUACAAUCGCAGCUAUCGCAGAUAAGUGCAGCUGCUGUAGCCGCACACCAUCAGCAACAACAACAACAGCAACAACAGCAGCAGCAGCAACAACAGCAGCAGCAACAACAACAGCAGCAGCAACAACAGCAAGCACAGGCUCAGGCCCAGGCAAAGCAUCAGCAACAAUUGACAGCAGCAUUGAUACAACAACAGAAUCGUGUGCUCGCCCAGCAGAGUCUAGAGAAACUAAACAAUCUGAGUGCUUUGGAAAAGCAGCGCGUAUUUGCUCAACUCGAUCCCAAGCACUUUGAUCCAAUGGCCGUAGCGGCAGCAGCUGCCAAUUUGCAAAUCCAGGGCAUGAUGCAGUCACAAGCGGUCGCUGCCGCUGUUGCCGCCAAUCAACAGCAACCAACUCCACUAACAACCAACACUCCAUCGACUGCGGUCAGCUCCAAUGUUAGCUCACAGGUGCAUCAUGGUCAUCACUCGCUGCCGCCGCCUUCGCAGUCGCCGCACUCGUCGUCGUCGUCAUCCUCGCACUCCUCGAUGGAUCAGCUGACCCAUAAGAAUAUUGCGGAAUCCUUGCGGUCCAAUCUGGACUCGAUUGAAUCGAACAAGGAUCUGUUGGCUCUACACAACGGCGCUUGGGCCAGUCAGGAUGCCAAUCGCUUGGAUCACAUGGGUGUCGGUCAGGAUAAGAUAGUGCGUAUUUUCUCGGAGCUAAUGCGCAACAUGUCGCGCAUGAAGACCUACAUACGGCCUUCCAUGUGCAAGCCCUACGGCAAGCAGAGUGAAAGUCUGCAAAAGACUCUCAUGGAUACCAUACAAAUUGUGCAGACACUGCGCAAUUGUUUGCCAGCUCCACAUAUUCCCGUGUCGUCCUGGAAGAGCGAGAGCGAGGGAAGCGUCGGAGUUGGCGUUGGAGUUGGAGUUCCUCCGGGUAUGGCAUUGAAUGCACUUGGUUUGCAGUCCAGUCGAGUGGACAACUUGCACUAAUUAAACCCUGCAGAAGAGCUCAAGUUGAAUCGAUGUAAUGUCUUAAAAAACAUAAUCCCGGUAAAAAAGCAAAACAACUUUCUGCGAUUAAGAAGAUCAAUUCAGUAUUUAUAUAGAAUAGAGUAUCAUCUUCAUAGGCUUGGCUCAUGGUUUUUCAUUACCUAUUAUGUGCCAUGUUAAACACAAGACUUGAUUUCAUUUCCAUAUUUGACUGAUUUUUAUAAAUCAAUGACACUAGCUUAAAGUCGUAACUAAACAUAUGAUUAAUCAAAGGAACAAAAAGAAAAGCAAUUUUUAGUAAGGUCUGACAUUAACUAUAAUAUUUAAUGUUUCCAAUUUUCAGCUGAAUUCCAGACUAAUUCGAUUGAUAUUUUGUAGGAUUAAGCACUGUUUAAGGACGUCUUGAAGGUAGUGUCAUUGGGCGAUUAGAUUUAUGCGCUUAAACUCGACUAAUGUUUAAGAUUAAGAUACAGUCCUAUCCCACAUCCUAUGCACUCUACAAGUCGAAUAAUGUUUGACAUUGUGAUGCGCAAGAAAUUAUGGUACUUAAGACCGUAAUUAUAAGAAGUUGCCCUAUAAUCAUUUUUAUCUUUUUGUAAUUCCUUUAAUUUUUGAUUUGGCAUAUACAAAAUUAACAAAGCAUAUUAAUUCAAUUGGCAAAAAGUCUGUGAUAUUUAAAUUAUGUUUAAAGCAGCGCAUUAACAAACAAAAAAAUUAAAUCUAAAUUUAAAUUAAAAUUAAUUUAUACUUGUGUGCCCUUUGUUGUGUAAACUGCAAUUUACUUUGUGCAAUAUUACAAAGUGUCUAACUAUGUAUUCUUAAUCACUUUUGUGCAAUUGACAAACUUCUCACUCAUAUCAAAAGCGCAUAGCAUUAAAUGAACUCAAGAAUAUAACGGCAACCUUGCCGCCUACACUAUAUAGAAUAUUUAUGUAUCAUGUAUUACAUAUUAAGCAUAUUCGCAUUAACAUACAAUUUAAUUAAGAAAAUAUUGUGCUACAUUAUGUAAUGGGUUGUCAAGCAUCGUCAAUACAGAGUGGAGAUGUAUUAAUUAUUAAGAAGCAGAUGGGUUGUAUUUCGACUACAUACAUAAAUUCGUAACGCAUAAGCUUAUAUUAUAUUUUAUUCCAUGCUCAUAUAUUGAAAUAACCGAUUCUUAGAAAGCAAACAGUAUUAACCAGGAAUAAAGACACUUGCAAACCAUAAAUAUUUACGUAGCUAAAAUGUAUAAUUUUAAAAAUGAAUACCAUAUUGCAUAAUAUCGCUUAAUGUUUACCUGUCCAAUCCAAUAAAAUAAACAUUUUAUUCUACUCUACCUA